ACAAUCAAGCGCGCGCGCGCCAUCGCCCUCUGCCAACACGCCCGAGACGUACCAAUGGCCACCGCCCGGUCGCGGUGGAGGCCCUUCACGGCCUCCUCCCCCUCGCCGCCUUCCUCCGCCUCCUCCUCGCCCUCCUCCUCCUUCACCGCCACCAUGGACCCGCCGGCGGAGUUCCUCUGCCCCAUCUCCGGCACGCUCAUGGCCGACCCCGUCAUCGUCCCGCCGGGCCGCACCAUCGAGCGCGCCUGCAUCCAGGCCUGCGCCGCGCUCGCCUUCUACCCGCCCGCCGUCGCCGACCUCCCGUCCUCCCCGCUCGUGCUCAUCCCCAACGUCGCGCUCCGCUCCGCCAUCCUCAACUGGUGCGAGCGCCUCGGCCUUCCACACCCUUCCCCGCUCUCCCUCGACACCGCCGGCGACAUCGUCCGCCGCCUCAUGCCGCCGCGCCAGGACCAGUCGAGGUCGCAGUCUCAGUACGGGCCGCCGCCGCAGUCGAACUACGGGCGGCCACCACAGCCCGCCUCCGUCCGGACAAGAAACCGCUCUGUCUCUGGCGACGACUUUCCGCAGGAGCAGAAGCAGAGGAGCGGGUCCGUGGAGGAGGAGAUCAUGGCCGUGCUCGGCGCGACGGACACAAGCCCAACUGAGCAGAGGGACGCGAUGGCGUCGCUGCGGCAGGCGACGCGGGAGACCAGGGAGAUGCGGCUGCAGCUCUGCACGCCGCGCCUGCUCGCGGCGCUCCGGCCGAUGCUGCUGUCCGGGGACGCCGGCAUCCAGGCCAACGCGGCGGCGGCCAUGGUGAACCUGUCGCUGGAGGCGGAGAACAAGGUGCGGAUCGUGCGGUCCGGGGCGGUGUCGCCGCUGGUGGACGUGCUCCGGGCCGGCCACCCGGAGGCGCGGGACCACGCGGCCGGCGCGAUCUACAGCCUCGCGGUGGAGGACGAGAACCGGGCCGCCAUCGGCGUGCUCGGCGCGAUCCCGCCGCUGCUGGAGCUCUUCGCGAGCGGCGGCGCGGGCCACCGCGCGCGGCGGGAGGCCGGCAUGGCGCUGUACCACGUCUCCCUCGCGGGCAUGAACCGGUCCAAGAUCGCGCGCACGCCGGGGGUGGUGCGGACGCUGCUGGCCACGGCGGAGGCGCGGGGCCGCGGGAGCGCCGAGGCCGACGCGGACGCCGCCGCGCUGCGGAAGCUGUCGCUGAUGAUCCUCGCGAACCUGGCCGGGUGCCCGGAAGGCCGGGCCGCGCUGAUGGACGGCGGCGCGGUGGCCGCCGUCGUCGGGGUCAUGCGCAGCGGCGCCGCGGCGCCGGGGAGCUCGGAAGAGGAGUACUGCAUAUCGGCGCUGUACGGGAUGAGCAAGGGCAGCCUGAGGUUCCGCGGGCUGGCGCGCGCGGCCGGCGUCGAGGAGGCGCUGGCGCCGGUGACGGAGUGCGACGGCGGCGGGGUCGGGCGGGACAUGGCGCGGCGCACGCUCCGGGCAAUGCGCGGGGAGGACGACGAGAUGCCGUUCACGGCGUCAGGGAUACUGGGGAGCCAGUGGGGCGACGCGAGCAUCGUGUCGGAGGGGCUGGUCUCGCUCCGGCGGCCGCCGCACCAACGGGGAGGCAACCACGGCGGCGGGACGUCCGGGUCAAACACCACCCAGUUCUGACAAAGUCAAAAGUCUUCUCCUUGCGCGCGCGCGCACGCCUCUUGUUUAUUCCAGUGUUUGGAAUAUCUGGUAUUCCUUCCCCAUUGGUGUUUCUGGAGCUGCUUAGCUGAAUUCUUUUGUUCGAAUUGAACUGUAAUUUUACUGGAUCUAUGUAGGUGUUCGUUCAUGUUGUGUAAAUGUAAUUGUGAUUAAACAAGAAACAACGGUACA